AUGUCUGCCGACGCCGUCACUGAGCAGCUGGCCACCGCCACCAUCAACGAUGCCCCCACCAAUGGCACUCCCGCUGCCACCCAGGCCGCGGACGCUGCAGCUGCCAGUGCUGACGAGGGCCGCCGUUUGUACAUUGGAAACCUCGCGUAUGCCACCACUGAGGAGGAACUCAAGGAGUUUUUCAAGUCUUACACCAUCGAGAGUACCUCGAUCCCGGUGAACCCCCGCACCAACCGGCCCGUUGGAUACGCUUUUGUGGAUUUGGCCACCGCUGCCGAAGCUACAACUGCCAUCUCCGAGCUCUCUGGCAAGGAGAUUCUCUCGCGUAAAGUUUCGGUCCAGCUGGCACGCAAGCCAGAGCCUGCGGAAGCCAAAGAAGGUGCUGCAAGCGGUGGUGAGGGUGCCAGCGGCAACGAGGGGCGUAAGCGCGCCGGUGGCCGAGGCCGCGGACGUGGUCGCGCUCGCGGUCGUGGUGGCCGUGCUGCUCGUGGCCGCAAUGGUCAGGAUGGCCAAGAAAUCCCCGAGGCCAAGGCCGACACUGAGGCCAAGGAGGAACCCGCUACCAAUGAGAACGAGCCUGUGAGCACCGAGGCUACCAAGCAGGCUAAGCCCCGCGCUGCUGCUCGUGCCCAGAAGCAGCGCGGUCCUCCGGAGGAUGGUAUUCCUUCGAAGACCAAGGUCAUGGUUGCCAACCUCCCCUACGACCUGACUGAGGACAAGCUCAAAGAAAUCUUCGCUGAAUACACCCCCGUUUCCGCCAAGGUCGCUCUCCGUCCUAUCCCCCGUUUCAUGAUCAAGAAGCUUCAGGCUCGCAACGAGCGCCGCAAGACCCGCGGUUUCGGUUUCGUCAGCCUUCCUUCCGAGGAGCUUCAGGCCAAGGCCGUUGCCGAGAUGAACGGAAAAGAAAUCGACGGACGCACCAUUGCCGUCAAGGUUGCCAUUGACAGCCCUGGCAAGGAGGACGACGUCAACGAGGCCGCCGACAACUACGAGGCCACCGAGACCUCCGCAGCUAAGGAGAAGACUGAGGAGGCCGCGCCCACUGAAGCUGCGCCCGCUGAAGCUUAA